AUGGCAGAUAUUCAAAGACCCACCGGUGUGGUCUACCCUGACCUACCACGAUUAGAAAACAAUUUACGGAGUGCGAUGGUGCGCAGGUUAUUUUCACAAAGAGAGCGAGAAUAUACUGGUUAUUCAUCUGAUAUUGCUGAGAAUCAUAGUGAGAUUGAAGAGCGUGGUAACAUAAAUACUAUAGAAGCAACGCCAAUAAUAGUUAAUGGAAUAAACCGUAUGUCGAAGGGAGGUUUCUUUAGUGAUGAUGAGACAACCUCUACCUUAAGUGAAUUGUCGUCAGGUCAUGAUUCAAGCUUGGAUAGCUUAGAUAGCUUGGAUAAUUAUCAAAAUUCUUUUGUUGAUGCUUCGGAAAAUAUUCAGAGCGAUUCUAAUUGCUCAGAAAAUGGUCAAAGUUCUACGUUCAACGAGACAGAAAAAAAUCAAGAAACAAAAUUUAAUGGUUCUGAUAAAGACACAACUUACAGUGACUCAGACAAAGUUUCUUAUUAUGACAAUUAUGAAACUAACAAUAUUAAUGAUAUUUCGUCCAGUGAAUUAUUAUCACCACCUUUCACAUUACCGCAAGAUCAAUCAUCAUAUAUAACACCACAAAAUCAAGAACCAUCUCCCGAACUACCAGAAAAUAACAACGAAAUAUGUUCAAGUAGUAUAAGUAAAUAUAACAAAAAUAUUGAGAGAGAAAAUGGUGAAAACAAUAAUAGUAAAGUCAAGAAAAAUUUAGGAGUGAGAUGUAAUAGUGAGAAUGAAAGUAAUUGCGAAGAAAGCGAAGACGACUUAACUGCUCUGAACUUUAUACAAGCAAAAAUUGAAGAGUUAGCUAAGUGGAAGAAGGACGUAUGGACACGUUUACGUGAGCAAUCCGAAAGCUCAUCUACUCCUGAACCGAGAGGUGAAAAUGGAAUAUCUGUCGAUGUCUCAGCGAAUAAUUCAACACCGAAGGCUGAAACCAAUGAUACAUCCAUAAAAGUACAGUCAGAGGAUGAAUCAAGAUCAACAAUUUUAAUACGACAAAACGAAAACCUAAUAAGCUCAUAUCAUAAUACAGAUGAACCGAUCGAAUCGAAUUCAACUUUUACGAAUAAUGAAUCAAAAGGCUCAAAUCCUGUACCAUACUAUGAGCGACCUGAAUCAAACCGAUCACGAAAUGAGUCAACAGCUUUUUCAAACCAUGAGAGAAAUGAAUUUGGAUCUUUUCCUCAUGACCGAGUAGACAGGAAGUUUUUUCCAGUCAGUGAUCGUUUUGAAUCAUUUCUUUAUUCAAAUUAUGAACGUGAUUCAAGGCUCUUUUUCGACGAUCGUUAUGAUACAAGGUCUUAUCCUGAUGAUCGAUAUGAAACAUUCCUCUAUGAGAACAGUGAACGAAACGAUUUAUGUCGUUUUCCCAGUCAUGAACGGAAUGAUCCAGGGCGUUUUUUAAAUCAUGAACGAUUAGAUCCAAACGGUUCUUUAAUUAACAGACAAGAUGAUGAUACUACAGCUUUUCAUCAACAAUUACCACCUGUGAUAAAACGUCAUAAUGAACAACAAAAUGCACCUUUAGGUCCAAUACAUAAGAGAUUUCGACAUAUGUCUAACGGGUUUUAUUAUGAUCCUAUGAACCACGCCCCUAACAAUAGUAUUUAUGGUCCACCACCAACAGGACCAAGUGGAAUGACUGGGAAUGGCAUGAUGGGUCGGGGAAGAGAAGAUCAAUAUCAUCAUUAUUAUCACAGGAAUGAUUACCGACCUCCACCCUAUUUUGAUCGACAGGGACCAUAUGGACGAGGCCACAUGAAUAAUAAUAUUUCACGACGUCCUAUAGGACUAUCUUCAAGGCUUCUUUCCCGGCCACAAGAGCGUCCACGUGGCAGAUAUUAA